CCGUGGGCGCUCAGGAUGGUGGACGCCAUGGGCCGUCCCCCGGCCGGCAUCUUCGAGGGCACCAUCACGGACUUCGGGUCCUUCGACCAGUGCCUGGAGGUGCGCGCCCAGGACGCCUGGGGCGACGAGAGUUUCCGCGGCCAGUACUGCUCCCUCUUCCUCAAGCCCAACAUCGACACCAGCAAGCCCGUCGCCUUCCUGCGCAGCAGCCGCAGGAAUCUCACGCGAAUUAUGAAAUCCAUUUGGUUCCCCGGCUUCCGGUUGGGCAUCUGCAUCCCGUCCGCCUGUUCCAAGGAAGACAUCGACGCUCUCAUUAAGUCGGCGCUGAGCAGGUACGGCGUGAACGCGUCAGUGCCUCUCUGCGACGUCCAGAGAGACGUUCUGCUGGACCGCAUCCAAAAGGCCGCCGUGGCAUUCCUGUGCAUCGUGCUCGUCAUGAUGCUCCUGGGAACGGUGGUGGACGUCUUCCUCCGAAGCCGCCAUGGCAUGGCCAAAAAGAUCAACGCGGUGCUGGACGCCCUGACGUCGUGGUCUGCGUACGGCAACACGCUCCGGCUGUUCGACGUGUCCGAUGACGGCGGCCGGCUGCGGCCCCUGCACGGAAUUCGCUUCCUCACCACGCUCUGGAUCAUCCUGGCCUACUCGCACGCGCUCACGCCCAUCCCGAACCGAAGAAGAAUCUUCAACAUGUUCGACUUCGUCAAGGAGACGCCCUUCAUGUUCAUCGCCAACGCUUACCCGGCCGCCGACACCUUCUUCUGCCUCAGCGGAUUCCUGUUCGGGUACAGCAUCUUCAAGCAGCGCCAUAACAUAGGAAAAUGGCUGCCCGUCCUGCUAGUCAGGAGGUAUAUCAGGGUUAUCGUGCCGUCCAUGUGCCUGCUGUUGGUGUUCUCGCUGGUCGAGCUGCUAUCGUCGGGCCCCAUCUGGCGCGACGGCUACGCCAUCCUCCGGGGAAACUGCAUGGCCCGCUGGUGGAAGAUCCCGGCCCUUAUCAACAACUGGGAGCACAGCCUGGACUCGUGUUUGCCGCACCUGUGGUUCUUUGCGGCUGACCUGCAGCUGCUGGUUGCUUUCUCACCGGCAGUGGUGCUAUUGGUCAGAUCUCCCAGACUGGGGCUCAUUCUCACCAUAAGUAUGGUCCUCGGCUCCACCCUGUACGUUGCCCUGCAGACCUACUACAAGGAUCUCUACCCCGUGACCAUUUUCUUCGCCGAUAACGUCAUGAAGUCUCGGCGCACCAACACGGAGGUCUUCAAGCGUCCGUUCGCGCACGCGGGCGCCUUCGCCCUGGGCCUUCUGCUGGCCCUGGUGCUGCGUUCCCGGACCCAGUGGGCGCAGCGCGGGGCCACGACCGCGGUCCGCCUGGCCGGCUGGGUUGUGUCCGCGGGCUGCGCGCUCGCCGUCAUUCUGGGCGUGGAGCAGUGGCACAAGGGCGUCAUGCCAAGUCAGGCCAUGGCGGCGCUCUAUGCCUGCCUGCACAAGACCACCUGGGGCGCCUUCAUCUGCUGGGUCGCCUUCGUCGUCUGCACCGACCGAAAGGGCAUUUUGUCGCGGUUCCUGUCCUGGGGACCCUUCGUCGCGCUGAGCCGGCUCUCCUACGGGGCAUACCUGCUGCACAUCCUCGUACUCUACAUCCGGUUCGGAAGCAUCCGAGAACGCCUCUACAGCAGCCACUUCGUACAGCUGUGCGAGUUCAUCGUGGUCACGGUGCUGUCCUACUCGGGCGCCUACGUGUUCUACCUGCUCUUCGAGGCGCCCAGCACGCGCUUCCUCGGCAUGGCCACGUCGGCCGUCCUGGCCAGGUUCCCCGAGGAGCCUCCGCAGCAGCGCCUCGACAACCUCACCGUCGACGAGAAGAAGAAACACCCGCCCUGCCCGCUCCGGGCCAAGGAGUUGGAAAUACCCGUACCCAAGUCAACUCACCUCUAGGGCAGCGGUCCAUGUCCGACCAACAAGCGUUGCCCCUGUGGACUUACUUUCAGAACUUGCGAGCAAUCUUUGGUACGCCCGUGAACAUGGUGUAUAGAUGGCGCAGGACCUGGCUAGACGCUUCUCAGCCAAUCGAAUUGCUCCAUCAGCCGAUAAGAAAGACGAAUGACGAAGCGUGAACAGAAUAAGUUACACUAGUUCACUACAGUGAACUAGUUAUACUGGUAAAGAAUGGCUUGUGUGAGGGCUCCAGUCCG